GAAAAUUUCCCCCAAAUCAGAGCAAAAAAAAAAUGUCGCAGCUAUGGGUAAAGCGCGCCAAGGCGGAGAUGACGCGGCACUCGCGCCUCCUCGAAACUAUCAAUCGCAUAUUUCCGCUGCCCUUUGAGGAGCGUCGCUCUCGCGUGGGUAUGAUGUCGUACGGUACCUACCGCUGGAUGCGGUACUUCCCGGUCGUCCUCGUGCCCGUCGUGCUCAUCGGUGUCUUGCUAGAAACGCGCGACAAUCCGCAGGAGCACGUCUUUACCUCCCUGCAUCUUUGGCUGGCUGAUCAUGGCGUAUUCCGUCACGAUACGGUGAAAGCGCUUAAUCCCGCCUUCGAAGAUGAACGGCGAUCGAUUCAGUGGAAGGCGAACGACCGAAAGUGGCGCUUCACCGGAACGGACAUGCCGUCGGAGCGCGAGAUUCGCGAGUUCGCGGCGAUCAACAUUGACCGUCAGUCCCCCAAGAACCUCUGA